ACCUGUUCAGCCCCACCCGAGGGGGAAUUCUAAUUUUAUAAAUUUUCUCCGCUCCCCUUCGGCAACUUCCCCGCCCUUACCCUCCUCCUUUUCUCCUUCUUACCUUCCCCCCGCCGCCGCUGCGAUCUUCUUCUCCUUAUGCUUCCUCCUCCUAAUUUCUCCUCUCCCGGUCUCGCAACUGUCCCUUCUGUUAACUCUCCUCUUCCCCUCCUCCAAUCUCCCUCCUCUGCCCCCCACCCGGCUUGUUAGUUUUUACCUUUGGAUUGGUGGGGUUAUGUCACAUGCCUGCUCAUUCACUAGUGCGAAAAUUUUGAAAUUUGGAGUUAGAACUGUAACAUCCUUAAACUACUUCAGAUUAGCUGGCAAGAGCUAUUCCAGGCAAAUGGCGAUGGACAAAAUACACCAUGAUCGUUCAAGAGGUGCUCUGAUUGUUUUGGAAGGUUUGGACCGAAGUGGAAAAUCAUCCCAAUGCAGUAGACUAGUUUCACACUUAGAAGGGAAAGGUAUCUCAGUUGAAGCAUGGCGAUUUCCAGAUAGAAGAACUAACAUUGGUACCAUGAUAUCAUCAUAUCUUGCCAACGAAUCCCAACUGGAUGAUCAAGCAGUUCAUUUGCUUUUUAGUGCAAACCGUUGGGAAAAAAGGUUAUUAAUGGAGAAUAAAUUAUGGAGUGGAACCACCCUUGUGGUUGACCGUUAUUCCUACUCAGGAGUGGCCUUCUCAGCUGCCAAAGGACUUGAUAUAGAAUGGUGUAAGGCUCCUGAGACAGGGUUGAUAGCUCCCGAUCUAGUACUCUACCUUGAUUUACCACCAGAGGAAGCGUCAAAGAGAGGAGGUUAUGGGAUAGAGAGAUAUGAGCAGCUUGAGUUCCAAAGAUGCGUGGCCCACCAAUAUCAGAAGCUUCGUGAUACUACAUGGAAGAUUGUGGAUGCACAACUUCAGGUGGAGGAUAUAGAGAUACAGCUGAGAAAGUUUGCACUGGAGUGCAUCGAAACUUGUCAAAAUAAAAUCAUCUCCACUCUCUGGCCAAGCAAGUAGAAUUUGUUUGCAUGGAGUAACAAGCAAAUACCAACAUCAAGUUCUGAAGUACAGACCACUGCCAGGCUAUUUCUUUGCAGGGAUGGUGCCACCCAUCACUUGCCACAGCCUUCAUGUCCAUGCAUGUUCUCUCACAAGUCAAUCAAGGCAGCAGCAAAAAUUCUGCAUAUGAUUUCAAGCUUAAUCAUCGAAGGCGCAUUUUAUUUUUUUCCUCUCAAACCAGAUGUUCCUCAUCAUAAUAUUUUUUGUUCAAGCUACAUUGCUUUUGUCCUUUUCUUUUUCCAUAUGCGAUUAUGUUGCUUGCUGUGCUUACUGAACAUUUGAGUUCGUCAAUGGGUUCUAAUAAUACAGCUCCACUUAGAACAGUAGCAAAAAUUCUGUUUAUGAUUUCAAGCUUAAUCUUAGAGCAGUGCAUCUUAUAUUUUUGCUUAAA